AAACGACUGACGUUUUUAACAGCAGCCAAAUUUCAUCGCUAAUUUCGCUGAGCCAACGUUGACCACCAGCAAAGCACAUCUGGAAGUGAAUAUCCUGCCUAUUUCGCCACUUUCAAAGGGCGGAAAGGGCACAUGAUGAGUGCCGAGGUGGGAGAUACCGGCGGUGCAGGCGACUCACCACCAGAGAUCCAAAAUGUUGCAGUCGCCGACACAAAUGUGCUCGUCGGCUAUUUGAAGCACUGCGUGACGAUACUCCUAGAAAAUGACGAGCAACCUUCUGCAAGUCUCAGGGCCUGCCUUGAGAGCAAGGACUGCCAGGAGCCGCUGCGGAAAUUCAUAGGGGAUCCGCAGACCAGAGCUCUGUUCAUUCAGCGACAGGCUCUCAAAGAGGAAGACAGUGAACAAGGAGACGAUGACAAAGAAGCCAUGUACGUCCUGUCAAAUGAGGUGCAAUUCCUGAAUCAGAAAAUGACUAGUCUCGUCUGUCUGAAGAGGUUUGCUGUUAUUGAAGCUGACAAAAGCGUUCCAUCUCAGCUGCGAGUGAUGAACCUUAGUGAGGACUCCCCUUAUGAGACCUUGCACGCCUUCAUCAGCGGCGCCGUCGCUCCGUUCUUCAAAUCGUACAUCAAGGAGUCUGGCAGAUCAGACAGGGAGGGCGAUAAAAUGGCCCCUUCGGUGGAGAAGAAAAUUGCUGAACUGGAAAUGGGACUUCUGCAUUUGCAGCAGAACAUCGACAUACCUGAGAUUUCGCUGAUCGUGCACGCUACAGUGUCCGCCACCAUCAAAAGGAUCGCAGAGCAGGAGGACAGAAAGGCUAAGGUGGCCGAUUUUGGGGAGAGGACCGAGGACUCCACAUUCCUCAAUCAGCUGCAGAACGGCGUCAACCGGUGGAUCAAAGAAAUCCAGAAGGUGACCAAGCUGGACCGCGAUCCGUCGUCAGGAACGGCGCUGCAGGAAAUCAGCUUCUGGCUUAACCUGGAGCGGGCUCUACUGCGUAUCCAGGAGAAGCGAGAAAGCCUUGAAGUUGCCCUGACCCUUGACAUCUUGAAGCACGGCAAGCGCUUCCAUGCAACAGUCUCGUUCGACACGGACACAGGGUUGAAGCAGGCGCUGGCCACGGUCAAUGACUACAACCCACUGAUGAAAGACUUUCCAAUCAACGACCUGCUGUCAGCGACAGAGCUGGACAGGAUCAGGGUGGCCCUGACGGCCAUCUUCAGCCACCUGCGGAAAAUCCGCUCGACCAAGUACCCGAUUCAGCGCUGCUUGCGACUCGUCGAGGCCAUCUCGCGUGACCUGAUGGCGCAGCUGCUCAAAGUGCUUGGCACCAGGCGGCUGAUGCACAUCCCCUUUGACGACUUUGACAAGGUCAUGAGCAAGUGCUUUGAGGUCUUUUCGUGCUGGGACGACGAGUACGAUAAGCUACAAGGCCUGCUCAGAGACAUUGUAAAGAAGAAGCGCGAUGAGCACCUGAAAAUGGUGUGGCGCGUGCAGCCGGCCCACAAAAAACUGCAGACCAGAAUGGAGCACAUGCGGCGCUUCCGCCGUCAGCACGAGCAGUUGAGGACUGUGAUCGUGCGCGUGCUGCGGCCCACUGGCAAGCAGGGCGAUAACCAAGCCAUCACCCAGGGUGAGGAGGGCCAGCAGCCCGGCAAGGAGUAUCUCUCCCUUGAAGCCAACGACGCCAGUGCUAUUGAGGAAGUUAACGUCGCCUACGAAAAUGUGAAAGAGGUGGACUGCCUAGACAUCACGCGCGAAGGCAUCGAAGCGUGGGAGGCAGCCGUCCGCCGCUAUGAGGAGCGCAUUGACCGCGUCGAGGCCAGAAUCACGGCCAGGCUGCGCGACCAGCUUGGAACGGCCAAGAACGCCAAUGAGAUGUUCAGAAUCUUUUCGCGAUUCAACGCUCUCUUUGUGCGGCCGCACAUCAGAGGCGCCAUCCGCGAGUACCAAACGCAGCUAAUCCAACGGGUCAAAGAUGACAUUGAAGCCCUGCACGAAAAAUUCAAGGUCCAAUACCCUCAGAGUAAGGCCAGCAGAAUGAGCGGUGUGCACGAUUUGCCACCGGUCUCUGGAUCCAUCAUUUGGGCCAGACAGAUAGAUCGCCAACUUACUGCGUAUCUGCGCCGAGUCGAGGAUGUGCUUGGCAAAGGCUGGGAAAACCACAUUGAAGGCCAGAAGUUGAAGGCUGACGGAGACAGCUUCAGAGCUAAACUGAACACUCAGGAGAUUUUUGACGACUGGUCCAGGAAUGUCCAAGCAAGAAAUCUUGGCGUGACCGGCCGAAUUUUCACCAUUGAGAGUCAGCGCAGUCGGUCGGGAAGAGGCUCUGUGCUCAAGCUGAAAGUCAACUUUUUGCCUGAAAUUAUCACCUUGAGCAAAGAGGUCCGCAACUUGAAGAAUUUGGGCUUCCGAGUUCCAUUGGCCAUCGUGAACAAAGCUCAUCAGGCAAAUCAGCUCUAUCCUUUCGCCAUCUCUCUGAUUGAAAGCGUCCGAACGUACGAAAGAACCCUGGAAAAGCUGAACAAUAGGAGCGUUUCAUCUGGAAAGAUUGAGGACAAGCCAAACAUUGUCCUCUUGGUCGCUGGGCUGCACAAAGACGUGCAAACUAUGAUUGCAGAGGGCAUCGGUCUGGUGUGGGAAAGCUACAAACUUGACCCUUAUGUGAACCGAUUUGCCGAAGCCGUGUUCACUUUCCAAGAGAAGGUGGAAGACCUGUUGGUAUUGGAGGAGCAGCUCGACGCUGACGUCAGGUCGCUGGAAACCUGUCCAUACUCUGCCAACACUUUUGCUGAAAUACUUAAGAAGAUCCAGGACGCCGUGGACGAUUUGAGCCUUAAGCAGUACUCCAAUCUGCAACUCUGGGUGGCCAGGCUGGACGAGGAGGUUGAGAAAAAGCUGGCAGCGCGUCUGCAAGCUGGCAUUCAGGCGUGGUCGAAGGCGCUUGAGGGCAAGAAAGAGGAGGUUGAUCUUAGCAUGGACACAGAUGCUCCUGAAAAGCCGACUCACAAGCCUGGAGGCGAUCCACAGAUCACAAUUCAUCUUCAUGAGAUCAGGAUCACAAACCAAACCAUGUAUGUCCACCCUAACGUGGAUGAAGCGCUGCUUCAAAUCCAGUGGCAGCUGUUCGCCUGGCAGGCGAUUAUUCUAAGUCAGACAAGAAUCCAGAGCUCCAGAUACCAAGUUGGUCUGGACAAACCAACAUCGCAGACCUACAGGAACCUGCUCUCAAAGAUGCCUGAUGGCAAGAACAUUUUGGGUGCUGCGUACAGAGCAGUAAUCAGCAAGUGGACACAGAUCCAAAACUAUGUGAAAGAGUGGCUGUGCUACCAAGCGCUGUGGGACCUUCAGGCGGACAACCUGUACGGCCGGCUGGGCACUGACAUCAGCCUGUGGAUGAAGUGCCUUAGCGACAUCAAGACGUCGCGGGCCACGUUUGACACAACAGACACACGCAAGGAGUUUGGCCCAAUCGUGAUCGACUACGCCAAGGUACAGAGCAAGGUGUCACUGAAGUACGACUCGUGGCAUAAGGAGACACUGAGCAAAUUUGGCUCACUGCUGGGCAACGAGAUGGUCGAGUUCCACGCCGAGGUGUCCAAGUCACGCAGCGAUCUCGAACAGCAGAGCAUUGAGUCGGCCAGCACGUCGGACGCGGUGAGCUUCAUCACGUACGUGCAGUCGCUGAAGCGCAAGAUGCGCAGCUGGGAGAAACUAGUGGACACCUACCGCGAGGGCCAACGCAUCCUCGAGCGGCAGCGCUUCCAGUUCCCCUCGAGCUGGCUGCACGCAGACAACAUCGAAGGCGAGUGGGGCGCCUUCAACGAGAUCAUCAAGCGCAAGGACUCGUCCAUCCAAUCGCAGGUGGCCAGCUUGCAGCUCAAGAUUGUGACCGAGAACAAGGCGGUCGAGUCGCGCACUAACGACUUCCUCGACGAGUGGGAGCGUGGCAAGCCGGUUGAGGGGUCAGUGCGGCCUGAGGAGGCGCUGCAGCAGCUGCAACUUUUCGAGAGCAAGUACGCCCGUCUGAAGGAGGAGCGCGACAACGUGGCCAAGGCCAAGGAGGCCCUUGAACUGCAGGAGCCCGGCGGCAUAAGCACCAGUGAGGACCGCAUGAAUGUCGUUUACGAAGAGUUGCAAGACCUCAGAGGCGUGUGGUCUGAGCUCUCCAGGAUCUGGAACCAGAUUGAUGAAUUGCGCGAGAAGCCCUGGCUCUCUGUGCAGCCGAGGAAGCUGCGUCAGCAGCUCGACACCCUCAUGAGCCAGCUGAAGGAACUGCCCGCCAGGCUGAGGCAGUACUCUUCCUACGAGUAUGUUAAGAAGCUCCUGCAGAACUACACCAAGGUCAACAUGACGAUCGUGGAGUUAAAGUCAGACGCUUUGAAAGAGCGUCACUGGAAGCAGCUGACGCGGCAGCUCAGGGUGAACUGGGUUCUGUCAGAGUUGACUCUGGGCCAGGUGUGGGACGUCGACCUGCGCAAGAAUGAGUCUAUCGUCAAGGACGUGAUUCUGGUUGCCCAGGGUGAAAUGGCCCUUGAAGAAUUCCUGAAGCAGGUUCGCGAGUCGUGGCUUAGCUACGACCUCGACCUCAUUAACUACCAGAACAAGUGCCGGCUGAUCAGGGGUUGGGAUGACCUCUUCAACAAAGUCAAGGAGCAUAUCAACUCGCUUGCGGCCAUGAAGCUGUCCCCAUACUACAAAGUUUUCGAGGAAGAAGCUUUAACCUGGGAAGAAAAACUGAACCGCAUCAAUGCUCUUUUCGAUGUCUGGAUCGAUGUGCAGAGGCGUUGGGUCUAUCUGGAAGGAAUUUUCUCAGGCAGUGCCGACAUCAAGACCCUUUUGCCAGUGGAAACUUCACGUUUCCAAAGCAUUAGCUCCGAAUUUUUGGGCCUCAUGAAGAAGGUAGCCAAGUCGCCCAAGGUCAUGGACGUACUGAAUAUCCCGGCCGUGCAAAGGUCGCUGGAGCGCUUGGCCGAUUUGUUGGGCAAGAUUCAGAAGGCGCUGGGCGAGUACUUGGAAAGGGAGAGAACCUCCUUCCCGCGCUUCUAUUUUGUUGGCGACGAAGAUUUGCUUGAGAUCAUCGGCAACAGUAAGAACAUCGCCCGCCUGCAGAAGCACUUCAAGAAAAUGUUUGCUGGCGUGGCUGCCAUCCUGUUGAAUGAGGACAGCACCAUCAUCACUGGCAUUGCCUCCCGUGAAGGAGAAGAAGUGAUAUUUAUUGAACCAGUGUCGACAGUUGAGCACCCUAAGAUAAAUGAAUGGCUCACCAGGGUAGAAAAGGCAAUGAGGAUGACUCUAGCGUCCUGCCUCGCUCAGGCUGUCCAGGACAUCAAGCAGUUCAAGGAAGGACCCAUCGACCCGCAGCUCUACAUGCAGUGGUGUGACAAAUACCAGGCUCAGAUCGUGGUUCUCGCUGCCCAGAUUCUGUGGUCUGAGGACGUUGAAGCGGCCCUUAAGCAGAUGGAGUCGUCUAGUUCCUCAAGUUCCGCUCCAAUGGAGAGAGUUCUGACCCAGGUCGAGAGCACUCUCAAUGUCCUCGCUGACUCUGUUCUGCAAGAGCAGCCUCAGCUUAGGAGAAAGAAGCUAGAGCACUUGAUCAAUGAAUUCGUCCACAAGAGAACAGUCACCAGAAGGCUGAUUUCUGGGAAGAUUAACUCUUCUAAGGCCUUUGAGUGGUUGACUGAAAUGAGAUUCUACUUUGAUCCCAGACAGUCUGAUGUACUGCAGCAGCUUACCAUUCAUAUGGCAAACGCCAAGUUCUUCUAUGGCUUUGAAUAUCUGGGAGUGCAAGACCGGCUUGUGCAAACACCCUUGACAGACCGUUGCUACCUGACCAUGACUCAGGCCCUUGAAGCUCGCCUUGGAGGAUCGCCCUUCGGUCCCGCUGGCACUGGUAAAACUGAGUCAGUGAAGGCUCUGGGCCAUCAGCUUGGCCGCUUCGUGCUAGUCUUCAAUUGUGAUGAGACGUUCGACUUCCAAGCCAUGGGCAGAAUUUUCGUCGGUCUCUGCCAGGUCGGCGCGUGGGGAUGCUUUGACGAGUUCAAUCGUCUUGAAGAGCGAAUGCUCUCUGCCGUCUCGCAGCAGGUGCAGACCAUUCAGGAGGCUCUUAAGUCAAAUCAAGAGAUCAAGGAUAGCAAUAUAUCCGUGGAGCUGGUGGGCAAGCAAGUGACGGUUAGCGCAGACAUGGCCAUUUUCAUCACUAUGAAUCCUGGCUACGCCGGCCGUUCCAACCUGCCAGACAACUUGAAGAAGUUGUUCCGCUCGCUGGCCAUGACCCAGCCGGACAGACAGCUUAUCGCCGAGGUGAUGCUGUUCUCUCAGGGCUUCCGCAGCGCUGAGACGCUGGCUAGAAAGAUUGUGCCCUUCUUCAAACUCUGCGAUGAGCAGCUUUCCAACCAGUCGCAUUACGAUUUCGGACUGAGAGCUCUUAAGUCCGUGCUUGUAUCAGCUGGCAACGUUAAGAGAGACCGCAUCCAGCGCGUCCGAGAAGAUCUGAGAGCGAGGGGCAAUGAAACGGUUGAUGAAAAUGCCAUAGCUGAAAACCUUCCUGAGCAGGAGAUCUUGAUCCAGUCUGUGUGCGAAACUAUGGUACCAAAACUGGUCGCAGAGGACAUUCCAUUGCUCUUCUCUCUGCUGUCUGAUGUGUUCCCCAACGUUGCAUACACAAGAGCCGAAAUGAAGGGCCUUAAGGAUCAAAUCAGGAAAGUUUGCCAGGAGGAGUUCCUCGUGUGUGGAGAAGGCGAAGAGCAAGGGGGUGCUUGGAUGGAAAAGGACGCGUUAGGCGAGGGAUGGUGCGAGAAGGUCCUUCAGCUAUACCAGAUCUGCAGCCUAAACCACGGCCUGAUGAUGGUUGGGCCCUCUGGCUCAGGCAAGAGCACAGCCUGGAGGGUACUCCUCAAAGCCCUUGAGCGAUUGGAAGGGGUUGAAGGUGUCGCUCACGUCAUCGAUCCAAAGGCCAUGAGCAAGGAAAUGCUGUACGGUGUGCUUGACCCUAACACCCGUGAGUGGACUGAUGGACUCUUCACUCACAUCCUGAGAAAAAUCAUUGACAACGUUCGUGGAGAAAUCAACAAGCGUCAGUGGAUCAUCUUCGAUGGCGACGUUGACCCGGAGUGGGUGGAAAACCUGAACUCAGUACUGGAUGACAACAAGCUGCUGACCCUACCCAACGGUGAGCGUCUCUCCCUGCCGCCCAACGUCAGGAUCAUGUUUGAGGUGCAGGACCUCAAAUACGCCACGCUCGCCACUGUGUCUCGCUGUGGCAUGGUCUGGUUCUCUGAGGACGUUCUCUCCACUGAAAUGAUCUUUGAGAACUUCCUCAACCGCUUGCGCCACCACUCUCUCGACGAGGGUGAGGAGGAGGCUAGCUUCAAGAAGGAGAAAGAUGAAGACGUCUCUCCUGCAAUCAAGGUUCAGAGAGAAACCGCCAGCAUCCUGCAGCCAUUCUUCGCUCCUGACGGGCUGGUCGUGCGUUGCCAGGAGUUUGCUACGCGGCAAGAGCACAUCAUGGACUUCACUCGGCUGCGGGCGCUCAAUUCGCUGUUCUCAAUGCUGAACCAAGGCGUGCGCAAUAUCCUGCAGUACAACCACUCGCACCUGGACUUCCCCCUGCCGCCUGAGCAGGUUGAACACUACAUCCAGCGCUACCUGGUCUACGCUCUACUCUGGAGUUUUGCCGGUGACGCUAAGCUGAAGGUGCGCUCUGACCUGGGCGAUUUCAUCCGCUCUGUCGCCACCAUCCCGCUGCCGCCGUCCAACAACAUUCCCAUCAUUGACUAUGAGGUGAGCAUCCAGGGUGAGUGGCAGGCGUGGUCCAACAAAGUGCCUCAAAUCGAGGUGGAGACCCACAAAGUCGCCGCUCCAGAUGUGGUUGUGCCCACAUUGGACACUGUCCGGCACGAGACUCUGCUCUACACCUGGCUGGCAGAGCACAAACCUCUUGUUCUCUGCGGUCCUCCUGGCUCCGGCAAGACUAUGACCUUGUUCUCCGCCUUGCGCGCGUUGCCUGAUAUGGAGGUGGUCGGCCUCAACUUUUCCUCUGCCACCACUCCCGAGCUACUGCUGAAGACGUUUGACCACUACUGCGAGUACCGCAAAACGCCAAACGGUGUGGUACUGGCGCCUGUGCAGCUGGGCCGCUGGCUGGUGCUUUUCUGCGACGAAAUCAACCUGCCAGACAUGGACCAGUACGGUACGCAGAGGGUCAUUUCCUUCCUCAGGCAGCUGGUCGAGCAGAAGGGCUUCUACCGCGCGUCAGACCAGGCGUGGGUCGCCCUUGAGAGGAUCCAGUUCGUGGGCGCGUGUAACCCGCCCACUGACCCUGGCAGGAAGCCGCUUUCGCACCGCCUCCUGCGACAUGUACCUGUAAUCUACGUCGACUACCCUGGCGAGACUUCCCUCAAGCAGAUCUACGGCACCUUCAGCAGGGCCAUGCUGCGCCUUGUGCCGCCCCUCAGAGGAUUUGCCGAGCCCCUCACCAACGCCAUGGUUGAGUUCUACCUGUCAUCGCAAGAAAGAUUUACCCAGGACAUGCAGCCUCACUAUGUGUACUCUCCGCGUGAGAUGACCCGCUGGGUCCGCGGCAUCUGCGAGGCCAUCAGGCCGCUGGACAGCCUCUCAGUAGAGGGUCUGGUGCGUCUCUGGGCCCACGAGGCUCUGCGCCUAUUCCAAGACCGCCUGGUCGAUGAAACGGAACGCAGGUGGACCAGCGAGAACAUCGACGCAGUGGCCAAGAAGCACUUCCCCGGCGCUGACCACAGCACCGCCCUGCUCAGGCCAAUUCUCUACUCCAACUGGCUUAGCAAGGACUACGUUCCGGUUGACAGGUUGCAGCUGCGCGAAUACGUCACCGCCCGCCUCAAGAUCUUUUACGAGGAGGAGCUGGACGUGCCUCUUGUGCUGUUCGACGAGGUGCUCGACCACGCGCUCAGGAUUGACAGGAUUUUCAGACAGUCGCAGGGCCACGUGCUGUUGAUCGGCGUGUCUGGAGCAGGAAAGACUACAAUCUGCCGCUUUGUCGCUUGGAUGAAUGGACUCAGCGUUUUCCAGAUCAAGGCUCACAACAAGUAUACCAGCGAGGACUUCGAUGAAGACCUGAGGUCCGUUCUGCGCCGCUCUGGCUGCAAAGAUGAAAAGAUCGCCUUCAUCCUGGACGAAUCGAACGUGCUUGAGUCUGGCUUUUUGGAAAGAAUGAACACACUGCUGGCAAACGGCGAGGUUCCUGGCCUGUUCGAAGGCGACGAGUACACAACCCUGAUGACUCAAUGCAAGGAGGGCGCCCAAAGAGAGGGCCUGAUGCUCGACUCGCACGAUGAGCUGUACAAGUGGUUCACCGGGCAGGUGAUGCGCAACCUGCAUGUCGUCUUCACCAUGAACCCGUCUUCAGAGGGUCUCAAGGACAGGGCCGCCACCUCGCCCGCGCUCUUCAACAGGUGCGUGCUCAACUGGUUUGGCGACUGGUCCGACACUGCGCUCUAUCAAGUUGGAAAGGAGUUCACCAGCAAGAUCGAUUUGGACCGGCCAACCUGGAAGGCGCCCGACUUCUUCCCCGCCACCUGCUCCAUGCUGCCUGCGUCACCGAAUCACAGGGACGCGGUGAUCAACGCAUUUGUGUUUGUGCACCAAACGCUGCACCAAGCGAACGUGAGGCUGGCGAAGCGUGGUGGACGCACGAUGGCCAUCACUCCGCGCCACUACCUCGACUUUAUCAACCACUUUGUGAAGCUGUACAACGAGAAGCGGUCAGACCUGGAAGAGCAGCAGCUGCACUUGAACGUCGGCCUGAGCAAGAUCGCCGAGACUGUAGAGCAAGUGGAAGAGAUGCAGAAGUCUCUGGCGGUCAAGUCGCUCGAGCUGAACGCCAAGAACGACGCUGCCAAUGCCAAGCUGAAGCAGAUGGUCAAGGACCAGCAGGAGGCUGAGCAGAAGAAGGUGCAGAGCCAGGAGAUCCAGGCAGCGCUCGAGAUCCAGACUGUGCAGAUCAGCCAGAAGCAGCAGGAUGUGAUGGUUGACCUCGCGCUCGUCGAGCCCGCUGUCAAGGAGGCUGAGCAGGCCGUCAAGUCGAUCAAGAAGCAGCACCUGGUCGAGGUCAGGUCUAUGGCAAACCCGCCAGCCCUAGUCAAGGUGGCGCUCGAGUCCAUCUGCCUGCUUCUUGGCGAGAACGCCUCUGACUGGAAGUCCAUCCGUGCGGUCGUCAUGCGCGACAACUUCAUCAACACUAUCGUCAACAAUUUCCAGACUGAGAAUAUAUCAGACGACGUCCGCGAGAAGAUGAGGACCAGGUACCUCAGCAAUCCUGACUACAACUUUGAGAAGGUUAACCGCGCCAGUAUGGCUUGUGGUCCCAUGGUCAAAUGGGCCAUCGCGCAGAUCGAGUACGCGGACAUGCUGAAGCGGGUGGAGCCACUGCGUGAGGAGCUCAACUCGUUGGAGUCGCAGGCCUCGGAGAACACCAACAAGGGCGAGGGUGUGAAGAAGCUGAUCGCACAGUUGGAGCAGAGUAUCGCUUCUUACAAGGAGGAGUACGCGCAGCUCAUCUCACAGGCGCAGGCCAUCAAGCUGGACCUGGAGAACGUGCAGGCCAAGGUGGACCGCUCCAUCGCGCUGCUCAAAUCGUUGGGCAUUGAGCGCAUCCGCUGGGAGGCAACUAGCGAGACGUUCAAGUCGCAAAUGUCCACCAUUAUUGGCGAUGUGCUGCUCUCGUCAGCCUUCCUCGCCUACGCUGGCUACUUUGACCAGCACUACCGUCAGAGCCUCUUUGGCAUGUGGAUCCACCACUUGCAACAGGCCGGCCUGCAGUUCCGACCGGACAUCGCUCGCACAGAGUACCUCUCCAAUCCGGACGAAAGGCUGCGCUGGCAGGCGAAUGCACUGCCAACAGACGACCUGUGUACCGAGAACGCGAUCAUGCUGAAGCGCUUCAACCGCUACCCGCUGAUCAUCGACCCGUCUGGCCAGGCAACCGAUUUCAUCAUGAAUGAGUUCAAGGACAAGAAGAUCACCAAGACGAGCUUCCUGGACGACUCGUUCCGCAAGAAUCUCGAGUCGGCACUGCGUUUUGGCAACCCCCUUCUGGUGCAAGAUGUGGAGAACUACGACCCCAUCCUCAACCCUGUGCUGAACCGCGAGCUGCGCCGCACAGGUGGUCGCGUGCUCAUCACGCUGGGAGACCAGGACAUUGAUCUGUCGCCCUCGUUCGUCAUCUUCCUCUCCACCAGGGAUCCGACCGUCGAGUUCCCGCCUGACAUCUGCUCCAGGGUGACCUUUGUCAACUUUACCGUGACCAGGUCAUCCCUGCAAAGCCAGUGCCUGAACCAAGUACUCAAGGCCGAGCGGCCAGACAUCGACGAGAAGCGGUCCGACCUGCUCAAACUGCAGGGCGAGUUCCACCUCAGGCUCAGGCAGCUGGAGAAGUCACUCUUGCAGGCACUGAACGACGCCAAGGGUAAGAUUUUGGACGACGACAGUGUGAUUUCCACUUUGGAGACUCUGAAGCAUGAGGCGGCAGAUAUCAGCAAGAAGGUUGAAGAGACAGACAAGGUCAUUGGAGAGAUUGAGGCUGUGUCCCAGCAAUACAUGCCAUUAUCACAGGCAUGCAGCAACAUGUACUUCACGAUGGACAGCCUGAACCAAAUCCACUUCCUCUACCAAUACUCGCUGCAGUUCUUCCUGGACAUCUUCAGCUCUGUGCUGCUGAACAACCCAAAGCUGCAGAGCGUAACCGACUACGGCCAUCGGCUAUCCACCAUCACUGGUGACUUGUUCAACGUGUGCUACGAGCGCGUGGCCAGGGGCAUGCUGCACAAUGACCGUCUCACGCUGGCCAUUCUGCUGUGCAGGAUCCACCUGCGAGGCGUGCCAUCGGAGCUGAGCCUUGAUGCGGAGUUCGCCUUCUUCCUCAGAGGUAAGGAGGGCGUCGUGCUGGCCACAAAGGCGCCUGCCCUUGAAGGCCUCAGCACCGAGCAGCUCGAGGCCAUGCAGCGUCUCUCACUACGUCUGCCGGCGUUCAAGAACCUAGCGCACAAGAUCCAAGAGAUGCCGGAGUUCGGCGCCUGGCUUCAGCAGGGCACGCCUGAGGUGUGCGUGCCGCAGCUGUGGGACGAGGAGAAGCCUCUCAGCCCCAUCGGACAGGCCAUGCAUCGUCUGCUUGUCAUUCAGGCUUUCAGACAGGACCGAGUAGUAGCGGCGGCACACAUCUUCGUAUCGGAAGUGCUGGGUGAGAACUUCAUGGCCUCAGCCGAGAAAGAACUGGACCUGGCAUCGAUUGUUGAGGCAGAGCACAAGGCGCACGUGCCAGCUCUGUUGUGUUCUGUGCCUGGCUUCGAUGCUUCCGGUCGUGUGGAUGACCUGGCUGCAGAGCUGGGCCGACCUUGCGCCAGCAUCGCCAUUGGCUCCGCUGAGGGCUUCAGUCAGGCCGAGAGGGCCAUCAACAUGGCCACCAAGUCGGGCCGCUGGGUGCUUCUCAAGAACGUCCACCUGGCACCGCAGUGGCUGGUGCAGCUUGAAAAGAAACUGCACAGCCUGCAGCCGCACUCCAACUUUAGGCUCUUCCUCACCAUGGAAAUUAAUCCCAAGGUGCCUGUGAAUCUGCUUCGUGCUGGUCGUAUUAUUGUAUUUGAGCCUCCACCUGGCAUCAGGGCAAACUUGCUCCGCACAUUCAACACCAUCCCUGCCUCACGCAUGAUGAAGGCCCCGAGUGAGCGAGCUCGUCUCUAUUUCCUGCUGGCCUGGUUCCACGCUAUCGUGCAGGAGCGCCUUCGGUACGCACCCCUCGGCUGGGCUAAGCACUACGAGUUCAACGAGUCCGACCUCAGGGUCGCUUGCGACACCUUGGACACCUGGAUCGAGGCCACCGCGAUGGGCCGGACCAACCUGCCGCCUGAGAAGGUUCCCUGGGACGCUUUGGUCACCCUGCUGUCCCAGUGUAUUUACGGAGGCAAAAUUGACAACGAUUUUGACCAGAGACUCUUGAGUUCUUUCCUCAACAAGCUCUUCACCCCGCGAAGCUUCGAGCCUGACUUCGCAUUGGUCGCCAAUGUUGAUGGAGGAACAGCUGGUGGGCGUCACAUCACAAUGCCGGACGGCUUCCGACGGGACAACUUCUUGCACUGGGUAGAAAACUUGUCAGACAGACAGACCCCGUCUUGGCUUGGUUUGCCAAACAACGCGGAGAAAGUUCUGCUCACCACCAGAGGUACGGACCUGGUGAGCAAGCUGCUGAAAAUGCAGCAGCUGGAGGACGACGAUGAGCUGGCGUAUACGGGCCAGGAAGGCGGCGGCAGUGGUCAUGAUGGCGCUCUCAGCCUAGAGGCAUCACUGCCACUGAGCGAGGGUGACGGCCGGCCACUGUGGAUGCGCACGCUGCACAACUCGGCGACCACCUGGCUGGAACUGCUGCCCAAGAGCCUGAACACGCUGCGGCGCACGGUCGAGAACAUCAAGGACCCGCUUUACCGUUACUUCGAGCGCGAGGUCAACUCUGGCGCCCGCCUGCUGCAGGACGUGAUCCACGACCUCGAGGACGUGGUGCUCAUCUGUAAGGGAGAGAAGAAGCAGACCAACUACCACCGCACCAUGCUCAGCGAGCUCGUCAGGGGCAUCUUGCCUCCUGGCUGGCGCCGCUACACCGUGCCCAGGGGCUGCACCGUUAUUCAGUGGAUCACUGACUUUGCCCAGCGCAUCAAGCAGCUGCAGGAGGUGUCCCAGCUCGUGUCCCAACGUGGUGCCAAAGAACUCAAGAAGUUCCAUGUGUGGCUGGGAGGUCUGCUUAACCCCGAAGCGUACAUCACUGCGACGCGUCAGUGCAUCGCGCAGGCCAACAGCUGGUCGCUGGAGGAGCUGAUCCUAGACGUGACAAUGACGGACGACAACUCGUACGUCAAGGACGACUGCAGCUUCGCCGUGAUCGGGCUGAAGCUGCAGGGCGCGCAGUGCAGAACCAACACGCUAAAUCUGACCUCCACCAUCAUGAUGGACCUGCCUGUGACCCUUCUGCGCUGGGCCAGAGUCUCCUCAGGGCUGGAUCCGCGCGCCCAGGGCAAGCUCUCGCUGCCUGUUUAUCUCAACUCGACGCGCACAGAGCUGCUCUUCACGGUUGACCUCAACAUCGCACCAGGACAGGACCCGCACAGCUUCUAUGAGAGAGGCGUCGCCCUUCUCACCUCCACUGCACUUAACUAAUUGGUGGAAGUUAUUACACUUUUUUGUUAUUUUCCAAUUUGUUCGUUAUUUAAAAAUAAAUCUCUAGAAACUAUCAAGAA